CAGAAACGUCUUGGAAUGGAGUAAAGGGUAUUAUACUAUUGUACUAUUCCUUUACGAAAAUUCAACAUGUUUUUAUGGUAGAAAAAGUGUAGUAACCAACGCUAACCUUGCUUUAUUUUCAAAAGAAUGCACUUAUUGCCUUAAUAAAGAAUAGUUGUGCCUAAAACAUGAGGCAUUCAAGUUAGAAUAUAAACUAACAUUAUAACAAUUAAGCAACCAUUGUUAAUUUGGGGUUACCAUGGUUUAGCUCUUAUUUGUAGUUAAUUUUCCUAAGGGUUAGUAAGGAAAUGGUGUAGGUAGACAGUGUAAGGUGCACAAAAGUAGACAGGUAGAAAAAAGUGGUUAAAAUGUGAUCGUUCACGGAACGAUUUACAGUCACUUAAUAAAGUAUCUAAAUUUAAACGAUAUUACAUCUCUAAGACUAUUAGUGUUAAUUGUGUUUGUAGAGAAAUAUCAGACUGGCGCAACGAGGACAUCUAGCGGACACGCGCGGUCACUGCUUUAGCACAAUUUGGCUUGUUUUUAAGUGAGGUGAACUGAUUGUAUUCGGUGUUCUGGUGACGUGUAACGGAAUGCCCAACCUUGCAAAAGAGAUUCAACUGAACAAAUCUUCCUUCCUUGGAGUUCAAGGCCAUCACAGCGAUCACAUUCAUGCGCUGUUCAUACUGAAGUCAGACGCGUUUCAUUGGCCGAGGACAGAGCUCUGGACGGGAGGGGCUUGGAUCCGGAUCGCAUAGUAAUAUCUCAUUCAUAAAUUACUCAAGACACUGGAGUAGAGCACUAUUGGAACAAUGCACUCAAUAAGAAGUUUCUUCUGUGGUCAGUGGAGCUCUUCUGUACGUCUUGAUGACAAAACAGUCAUAAUCACAGGAGCUAACACAGGCAUUGGCAAAGAGACAGCGAGAGACCUUGCAAAAAGAGGGGCUCGAGUCAUCAUGGCCUGCCGAGAUCUGGAAAGAGCAGAGGCAGCCAGAAAAGAAUUAAUAGAGGAUUCUGGAAACCAAAAGAUUGUGGUGAACAAACUCGAUUUAUCAGAUACCAAAUCCAUCAGAGCUUUUGCAGAACUCAUAAACAAGGAGGAAAAGCAAGUCAACAUCCUGAUCAACAAUGCUGGAAUCAUGAUGUGCCCAUAUUCAAAAACUGCAGAUGGCUUUGAGAUGCAGUUUGGUGUAAACCAUUUAGGUCAUUUUCUGCUCACCUACCUUCUACUUGACCUCUUAAAGAAAUCAGCCCCCUCCAGGAUCAUCACCGUGGCUUCUGUGGCCCAUACAUGGGGCAGCAUCCAUCUGGAUGACAUAAACAGUGAGAAGGGUUACUCUCCACGGAGGGCUUACGGCCAGAGCAAACUAGCUAACAUCCUCUGCACACACUCCUUGGCUAAAAGACUGCAGGGCAGCGGUGUGACUGUGUACUCCCUCCAUCCCGGUGUGGUGCAGUCAGAGCUGUUCAGGAACCUCAGCAAGCCUGUGCAGAUAGCAGUCAAGGUCUUCAGCCCUUUCACCAAGACCACUGUUCAGGGGGCCCAGACCACCAUCUACUGCGCUGUGGAGCCCAAACUGGACAAAGAGAGUGGAGGAUAUUACAGCGACUGUGCUCCAGCACAGUGUUCAAGAGAAGCUUUAGAUGAUGAAAUGGCUCAGAAACUCUGGGAGCUCAGCUGUCAGAUGCUUGGCAUAACUUGGGACUGAUGGAGCAAUCCUCUCAGUGACACUGUUAUAAAAGCCGAAUAAAAGCUUUUGGACUAAUGUCAUAGGUAAUGGAAACUGUAGUGUUCAUACAAUGCAUGAAUGAAUGCACUAUGUUUUAUAUUGUACAUUGAAUACUCUUUUUAAUACCCUGUUAUAAUUUCAAUAGACAUAAUGAACUGCUAUGAAUUCAAAUGUAUUUUGGUCUAUUAAAUAUUGAAUCUUUUAUUUGCAGUUUCUUUUUGCUGAUGAGGUGCUGUGAUAUCCACAGUUAAUGAACUAAGCAGAACUGCUCAUCUAAAGCUUAUAUUCACAGGAUGUUUGCCUUCAUGCUAGAAUAUAAAAGUAUGGAGCCCCCAAGGAGACAUGGUGACGAAAAAUAAAAAUAAAGCAAACAGAUGUAGGGGAAAAUGUAUUUAAAUGCGUUUUCACAUUCUCUCGCAAAAGUAUUGCGUUCCCCUGAGAAAGGUGAUGGUUAAUAAAAUUAAAUUUGGAUGAAAA